UUAUUUUUUUUCUAGGGUUCCAAAACCCAAAACCCUCGCCCAUUUCUCACUGGAAUCCUCUCUAACGCGACAGUGAAUCGCCGGCCGGGGCUGCAAAUGGCGAUCGUAGGCAUCAGCAAUGUCACCAGGACCUCUCUUCCCUUCCGACCUCCUUUCGUCCUCGCUUGCCGCCGGGCCGGCCGCAGGAGCUCUGCCGCCGCCCUUGAAACCUUACCAGAAAUCACCCAUGAUCCUGUAGAUAAUGGAAGUGAGAUUCCGGCUUCUUCCCCUCCACCCAAAGCUAAAGUUUGGGAGGGUCGUGGUUGGCCGGAGUGGAAGAUGAUGAGUUCCAAGGAGCUUGGUAUCAAAGCUUCCAUGAUCACCAAGCCGACAAAGUUGGUUCUUGACGAGCUUAAGAAGAAAGGGUAUGACGUUUAUCUUGUUGGAGGUUGUGUGAGGGAUCUCGUUAUGAAGAGAACCCCCAAAGAUUUUGAUAUCAUUACUUCGGCCCAUCUUUCAGAGGUCAAAAAGACCUUUUCAAGGUGUGAUAUAGUUGGAAAGAGGUUCCCUAUAUGCCAUGUCCACGUGAAGGACUCCAUUGUGGAGGUCUCAAGUUUUUGCACCUCUGGAAGGACUCCGAGCAAGGGUCUGGUUUAUGCCACUAGAAGCCAUCAAGACUGCAAUGAGCAUGAUUACAUGCGCUGGAGGAAUUGUCUGGCACGAGAUUUCACAAUUAACGGGUUGAUGUUUAACCCAUUCUCAAAUCUAGUAUAUGACUACAUGGGUGGAAUGGAAGACAUUAAAAAGGCUAAAGUUCGAACUGUGAUUCCUGCAUAUACAUCUUUCCAGGAAGAUUGCGCUCGUAUUCUUCGUGCAAUUAGAAUUGCUGCUCGUUUAGGCUUUCGUUUUUCGAAGGAAACUGCUCAUUCAAUAAAAGAUCUUGCCAACUCUAUAAUGAGACUUGACAAGGGAAGGCUUCUCAUGGAAAUGAACUAUAUGCUUGCAUAUGGGUCAGCAGAAGCUUCUCUUAGGUUACUUUGGAAGUUUGGGCUUUUGGAGCUUCUAUUACCUAUUCAAGCAGCAUAUUUUGUCUCACAAGGUUUCCGAAGGCGAGAUAAACGAUCUAACAUGCUCUUGGCUUUAUUUUCUAACUUGGAUCGGCUUCUUGCACCAGACAAGCCAUGCCACAGCUGCUUGUGGGUUGGGAUAUUGGCUUUCCAUCAAGCACUGGUGAAGGAACCUCGUGAUCCGUUGGUGAUCGCCACAUUUACCCUUGCUCUUCAUAAUGGAGGAGAUUUAUCAGAAGCUAUAAGUAUAGCUAGGAGAAUCAACCAUCCGCAUUAUGUCAGCUUCCCUGAACUAGUGGAAGCAAGAGGAAUAGAUGACGAUGAAGAAUUGACAAAACAGGUUCAAGAUCUUGCAUGCUCAGUAAACUGUUCAUUAAGUGCAAUGACAGAUGAGUAUUUUGUUUCUAAAGCAAUGAUUAAUUAUCCUCAAGCACCACACUCGGAUCUGGUAUUUAUUCCACUUCAAGUUUAUUUGAAGGUGUGCAGGAUCUUUGAGUGUAUUAUAAAUAGAGGAACAGAGAAAUUCUUCGUUCCAAAACAAGGCAAUAAGAUAAACUACUUCGUACUGGCCCAGGGUGGGCUGGCAGAGGUGCGACAUGUAUUCUCUAGGGUGGUUUUUGAUACCAUUUACCCCCUGAAACCUCAGGAUUGUGAGACCAGUACUUGAAGAAUCAAUAAAUACAAGACGAUUGAAGAAUAUCCAGCCAAGCAAGGAGCUGAUGAAAUCAGGAGUCUGAUUAACUGCAUGUUGUGAAGGAAAUCCUCGUUGGAUUCACCUGUUAUCGCUUACUGUAAAAGCUCCUGAAAAAUUGUUUGCUAGAAUCCAAAGUCUGGCAGAAGCACUGGCACAUGCUGGUCCGGAAAAGGAAGAUAAAAACAGUGUAUACUUUUGAUAUGCUCAAUCUUUCAUUUUUGUACAUUAUUUUGUUGCAGAGUUCAGAGAGUAUGAAGGGUUUUAUCUGUAUUUUAGAAUUUUUUUUUAUAUAUUUCUUGUGUUUUGGAAUC